CCAUUUCCUGCUCUGUUAUACUCUUCCACUUCCCCACUACUCCACACCAUUAUUUACACCCCAUUUUUCUCUCCUCUCUCUCUACAGAAUUCCGCUUCUUCUUCACUUUUCUGCGGCGUCGAAUUUUGCUCCUUGCUUCUGAAGUUUCCUGAAGCUUCGAGAAGCGCUUUUGAUCAAGGAUGGGUGCUGGUAGGAAGACGGAAUCAGUAGUGUUGCAGUCUAAGACAGCUCCUCAACAGACAAGCAACCGAAAUCCCUGUACGGCUCGGGGUAUGAGGAAAAAUGACCUUGCUGCAGUAAUCUUUGGGUGCAAGCACAACACUAUCAAUGAAUGUAAAAGCAAACAGUUAUUUGGGUUACCCUCUUCACAUAUAAAGUAUGUGCAAUAUGUUACUCCAGGCAUGCCUCUGUUCCUAUUCAACUACAGUGACAGGAAGCUUCAUGGGAUAUACGAGGCAACAUCUCGUGGACAAUUGAGUAUUGAUCCAUAUGCAUGGACAUUGGAUGGUGAAGUGGAGACACUAUAUCCUGCACAGGUUCGCGUGAAGGUUCGUCUGCAGUGUCGAGCACUACGUGAAGAACAAUUCAAGCCCGUUCUUGCUGAAAAUUACAGUAGCCAUGAGCCCAACCAUUUUUGGUUUGAGUUGGACCAAGCGCAAACCAACAAGUUGAUAUCUCUGUUUGCAGCUUCUCCACUAAGCCAAAAUGAAGUUGGUCCAAUGGCUUAUCAAGAAGAUUGCAACAGCAAAGUUAAACAAAAAAUUCAACCUGCAGCAGAUCAAGAUGUAGGCGAGAAGCACAAAAAUGUUGCUAGUUCUUCUGAAGGGAAACAGUGGAGUUCGUUGUUUAAAUCUCAGUCUGAUUCUACCCUAAAAAAGGAAGAUGAAAAAUCCAAUAGCGAAGUGUUUUCCAACAUGUCAGAAGAUGAAACUCUUACUCUAUCUGAAGCUAUUCAUGUGGAUGAAGCUCCUCCUAUGCCAGGAGUGCCUCAAGUUAACGAAUCUCCUGUUGUGUCAGAAGUGGCCUGCAUUGAUGAAGCACCUAUUCAAUCAGAACUGAUUUGUUUUACUGGAGAAAUCAGUUCCGAAUCGAACUCAACUUAUCAUACUGGUAUCAACAAGCUGAUCAUCCAGGCAAUUGAAGAGGUGAAAGCAUUUCAGCUGAAUCAAACACGGAAAAUCCAGAGCUUGGAGCAGAAUUUGAUAGAAGCCAAAGAAAGAAUAAGAGAGUUGGAGAAUUGUCAUUGGGGAUCUGGGAAGUCCAUACCUCCUCAGUCAACUGGGCAUGUUGAGGAGCUGCAGUUCAAUAGAACUUCUCAAGAUUCAUGUCAUUCCAUACUUUUAGUGGGUGGGUUUAGUGGCUCCUCCUGGCUCCGCGACUUGGAUUUGUACAUGCCUUCUGAGGAUGUGCUGCAAUCUCUUGAACCAAUGACUUCUGUUCGUCCAUACGCUUCCGUGGUGAAACUGAAAGAUGCUUUAUAUGUUUUAGGAGGUGGCUAUAGUACAUCCUGGUAUGACACAGUUGAAUCCUACAACUUGAAAACUCAGCAGUGGAUGAGUUUCCCUCCAUUAAAUAAGAAGAAAGGGAGUUUGGGAGCAGUCUCUUUCUGUGACAAAAUUUAUGCUAUAGGAGGUGGAAAUGCAAGCGACUGCUUCUCUGAGGUAGAAAUGCUUGAUCUGGACAUUGGAAAUUGGGUCCUCACCAGAUCGAUGGGGCAAAAGCGAUUUGGCCCAGCUGCAGCACAAAUAAAUGGCGUGCUCUAUGUUGUUGGUGGAUAUGAUGGAAGUGUAUACCUAGGGUCUAUGGAAAGAUUUGACCCUCGUGAAUAUUCAUGGACUGGACUGAAGAGUAUGACCACAAGGAGAGGAUGUCACUCCCUUACAGUUCUGGAUGAAAAGUUGUAUGCCAUUGGUGGAUAUGAUGGAGCUCAAAUGGUACCGACUGUUGAAGUUUUUGAGCCUCGUGUUGGUUCAUGGACAAUGUUGGAGCCAAUGAAAUAUGCCAGAGGGUAUAUGGGUACUGUGACUCUCGGAAACACUAUCUAUGUGAUUAGCGGAAUGCAGGAGAACGAGGAAAUCUUGGACACAGUGGAGUGUUACUCUGAGGGUAAAGGAUGGCAACUAGCAAACAUGAAAUCCAUUGGAAAGAGAUGCUUCUUUUCAGCUCUUGCAGUGUGAUUUUGACAUCGCAAAUCUGUGAAUGAAAAUUAGUAUAUAAUAUAAAAGUCUGUAAUUAGCCAGCUAAUUAGCACUCUAACUUAUAAUCGAAGAAACAGAAGUUGUUAAAUAGAACUUGCUAGCUGUGGUUCAUUGCGCUUGGUUUUUUUAAGCCAUUAUAAGCGUUUUACUUCCCACAUCUCCAUAUCAUACUUGACACUACCGAUUUGAAAAUACCAAGUUGUAAACUUGUAAUCGGAAAACUUGUUCAUGUUA